UCGUAUUGCUCGCUGUCACAGUUGAUAUUGUAAAUGGAAGCAGUUUAGAUUGAUUAAAGCGAGAUAUAUGAGAGGCGCCGGCCAAUAUUACGUCUUUAUUUUGUUGGCCACCAUGUCCAUAAUUACUCGGAUUUAAUUUCUGGCGGAAAGCUCCAAGUCUCAAGACGUGUGCAUAUCGUCACCUCCAGCUCUCACAAAUUAACGCUGACAAACUAGAUUUAAUCGUACAGGUAGGAAGGGCAGGAAGCACAACAGGGUCGAAAAUGACGGCUAAACGCCAGAGUUUUUUGAGGGAAGCGUCACAUCAGACAAUUGCUGGAGGGUCCGCGGGUCUUGUGGAAAUUUGCCUGAUGCAUCCCCUCGAUGUGGUGAAAACCAGGUUCCAGAUUCAGCGAGGAAAAGGUGAUGCCAACAGUUACAAGGGUCUUGGCCACUGCUUGAAGUCAAUUUUCCAGCAAGAAGGGAUUUUUGGCUUUUACAAAGGAAUCUUACCUCCCAUCCUGGUUGAGACACCUAAAAGGGCUGUGAAGUUUUUGACUUUUGAGCAAUAUAAGAAGAUAUUAAGCUAUGCUUCACUGCCAACUGGUGUGAUUUUUACAGUGGCUGGUCUGGGAUCUGGACUCACAGAAGCAAUUGUUGUCAACCCUUUUGAAGUAGUCAAGGUUAACUUACAAGCUCAACGGAAUUCUUUUUCACAGCAGCCAUCCACAUUUGCUUACGCACGUGAAGUAAUCCGAACUCAGGGUUUUGGACUACGGGGCCUAAACAAGGGUCUGACAGCAACAUUAGGUCGGCAUGGUGUAUUCAACAUGAUCUAUUUUGGAUUUUACUUCAACGUGAAGAAUAUUAUUCCAGCAAAUAAGGACCCUUCAAUUGAGUUCCUGAGGAAACUUGGGAUCGGAUUUUUGUCAGGAACGAUUGCUUCUUGUGUCAAUAUACCUUUCGAUGUAGCAAAGAGCAGGAUCCAGGGACCACAGCCCAAGUCAGGAGAAAUUAAAUACAGAACAUGUUUCAGCACUAUCAAGACCAUCCAUAGGGAGGAAGGGUUUUUUGCAUUGUACAAAGGCUUGGUUCCUAAGGUCAUGCGGCUAGGGCCAGGAGGUGCAGUUAUGCUCUUGGUUUAUGAAUAUUCUUUUGCCUGGCUUCAGGAAAACUUCUGAUUCAAACAGAACAAAAUAUAACUAAAACACUCGCAUUUUCUUUAAAAACAUCAUGUUACAUUGCCCUCAAUAAACUUGUGUAAACAUGAAGAAUAUUUUUUUUCAGAGGAAGUUCAUUUAAAUCUGUAUUCAAAGCAAAAUGAUAUAAUUGUAAAGUAUUUUCUCCUGUCAAUAAAUUAACCCAAAAUGAUUAACUAAAACGUACAACAAUUUUUUACAUUUCUGAAUAAAACAAAUAUUUUGUAAUUCAUGUUUUUAAUUUAGGUAUUUUAUAAAAAUAAAAUGUUUUCUUACAGAUAUAUACAAGUACAGCCUAUGGAUCUAUAUCACUUUUAAAUGAUUUAAUCUUCUGUACAUCGAUCCUGAACUUAACGGGUUGAAUAGAAAGCCUUAGUGAGAGGAGUUGUGAGAGCAGGGAACUAAUCUCACAACUGAAACACAUAAUGUACAUUUUUGAAAAAACAUUUAUGACUUAAAUUAGACCAAGUUUUUUUUACAUCUUCAUGGAGUACAGAUUUUUG